AUGGCAGCCUGGUACUCCGACUACGCAAAGCAUCGUGGCAUGCUGUAUCUCUACAAACCACCUGGGCAAGAGAUGGACCCGAGCAUGCGGGAUGAGACCAUCAAACUCCCGAUCACAUGCCUGAAGUUCGACAAACCAGACGACGGUCUACCAUGCGUGUCCGACUGGGUUGGGACCUUUGAAUCUAUGUUGCUGGGAGGCAUCGAGUUGGGGCGAGUGUGGCAAUGCCAUGAGCAAUCAGUUGACCAAGUCAAAGGUUGGACAAGGUCGACAGUAGUUGCCACCAUCUUGCUCGCUGCCACCGAGUUGGACUUCAAUGAUGACAGCACGGCAGCAAAGCUACAACCCAUGCACCAUAUCUUGGAUAAGGCCUGGUGCCUUCUGGUUCAUAUGGCCUUCGACCUGGACCCGACGUCCCGCUCCUUCCGCAACUUAACCCUCUCCUACAGAGGGUCUGAGCGCCAAGCACCAAACGUGCUGCAGCUGGGGCUGAGGUUUUCCCGGGUCAUGGAAUUGAGGGACCUGGAGGGGAAGCAUCUUCCUGGCGCUUCGACAGAAGAACGCCUUCGAUCUGUGGUCAAUGACUUCAAUUCCUCUUCAGGCCUGCAAUCAAAGCAUCAAGUUGAUGAAGACCGCUUUCGAUCCAUACUCAACCUCACAGCAGGGACGUGCGCAGCGGCGAGGGCCAUCAUGCGAGCGCAUUGUGAUCACAACAAAUGGGCACAAUGCGCCUUUUCCACAGAACAGCUUCGGUCGCAGCGUUGGAUGCUGGGAAGUUCGCCAAAGGCAAGCGGUUGCCCACCAACUCUCAAGAAAUGCUUGACGGUGACAGAGCAGAGCCAAGAGUUGCAUUUCCGCCUUGUAGUUCACGCCUUCCAUGAGGCUGGACGUAGAUUGCGAGCCUCCUCGAAAGCACGAGUCCGCUUGUCCUCAGCACAGUUCGAUGCUUACUGCGAGUUCAGCUGCAUCUACUCAGCCAUCCUUGAUGAAGCACGCGCUCUAUCAACCUGGGAUCCAGCCAAAGAGGAAGCUAUCAUGAAGGCCUUUAUGCAGAAGAAUUUUGGCGCAAUUAUUCCAAGUUGCUCCAAAUUGUUGGCAGAGACCUUCAUGGAGAAAUGCUGCCGUGUUUCCAUGGUCUCUGACAAGACGCCGCUGGACCCCAAGCUGGAUCAGCUAUUCCGCCACGCUGCAGCGCACCACAAGAUGGUGAUGGACGAUGGUGUGAAUCUUGUGGACUAUGACUAUGAGGUGCCAUCUCGGCCAUGGAAGAAGGCAAAGCCGACACCCCCUCCGGUGCCAUCAAGCUUUUCGGUGAUCCACGAUCCACCCAGGGUGUGGGCUGAGAAGCGUGGGACGAUGGGGCUUGAGGAUCCUCCAAAGAUGGGGUCUGACAAUUCUCUCAAGAUGGCUCGGAAGAUGGGGCCUGAGCUUGAGAAGCCUUUGGAUGAUGCAUAUCCUGAUUUAGAGGAUUCCCAGUUUGACCCACCACUAGAGCCAGCUAGUGGCUCGAAUCCUCUGAGUGAAGCUGAGCUUUCUAAGUCUCCGAUCAGCCUCCGAAAAAGUGCACGAAUUCCGGAGGAGUUCUUUGACUUGGUGCCUCAGGAGGUCUACAGCAUGUCUGAAAGCCAGGCCCAUGAUGUUGCUUUUGGGAAAGAUGGCGACGAAACUGUCGCUCUUGAGGCUCUUGAGGAGCCUGGGCUUUUGGAAGCUGAAGCCAAGAACGAACCAUCCGGCAACGCCGGUGCAUCGAACCAGGUUUGUGAGGCCAAGCACGAAUCUCAGCCUGCAAUGAAGCAGGACCAAACCAAGAAGAAGACUCCUGAGCAGGUCAUUCUUCACCGUGCCAACAGCUUGGCUUGGCACCAGAAGUGGAUUUCCAAGGGCGUUCCCCGAAUCUCGAAUGCUCAGCCAGAGGUUCAGCCAGAAAUUUUGGUGCGUGAAGUUGCUCGCCCUGUGAAUGCCGGAGCCCAUUUGGGUGAAGAGCGGGACAAAUUCAUCAAGCAUUGGAUUGAGAAUUGCGGUCUCCCCAAAUCCAUGGAGAGACGCAACGCUGCUUUGAAAGCGUGGAUGUCAAGUUCAGUCCGCGCAAAUCUGAUUGCGGGCCGUGCUGGUGUUCAAAAGUGA